UUUAUAUAAAGUAUGAUGAUGAUGAUGAUUUUUUAGGAUACUUAUAUAUAUAUAUAUAUCAAUCAAUAAUAAGUGAUAGCAAUCAUGGCCAGUGUUAAUGUUAAUCGUAAUUUAACCGAUCAAUUUUAUCGGUAUAAGAUGCCAAAAUUAUUGGCAAAAGUUGAAGGAAAAGGCAAUGGCAUCAAAACGGUUAUUGUCAAUAUGGUUGAUAUUGCUAAAGCAUUGAAUCGUCCACCAAUGUAUCCAACCAAAUAUUUUGGUUGUGUUCUUGGAGCACAGGUUAAUUGUGAUGUAAAAAAUGAACGUUAUAUUGUGAAUGGAUCACAUGAUGCAGCACGUUUACAAGAUUUAUUAGAUGGUUUCAUUAAGAAAUAUGUUCUUUGCGCUUCUUGUGAUAAUCCUGAAACAACAUUGUUGGUUAAUCAUAAAAAAGGUACAAUUAGUGCCACAUGUAAAGCAUGUGGCCAUCUGGGAUCAAUUAGCUCACAGGAUAAAUUGACCACAUAUAUAUUGAAGUGUCCACCGGAUCAACAAAAUGCACCCGGUGCAUCAGUGAGUAAACGAAAGAAGAAAGAACGUGAAGAAAAAUGCCGCAAAGAUGGUCAAAAUGGUCGUAGUGGUAGUCCACAACAUGAUUCCGAUGAAUUUACAGCCGAAAAUGGUGAUCAGGAUAAUGAUUGGUGUGAUCCAACUGAAGUUGCCGAAGAUCUGGAUAAUAGUGCAUUGAAAAAAUUGACGCUAAAUGACGAUCUUGAAAAAUCUGUUCAACAACGAAUGCAAAUUUUUUAUGAUUUUGUCAAGGAAAAAACUUUGACUAACGGACCGAUUGAUGUAGCCAUUCAAAAGGAAAUUCUUAGUGAAGCUGAACGUUUAGAAGUUAAGGACAAAGCUGCCAUUGUUCUUUGUGAAGUUUUAUUCCGUGAUCCAACUAAAAUUCCUGAAAAGAUCAAGGCUAAUCGAAAUUUAUUUUUACGCUUUACAUUGGAUAAUCCCAAAUGUCAAAAAUAUCUGAUUCGUGGUUUUGAAUUGACUGUCAAAGAAUUUCCCAUUGAAUUGCUUCCACGUGUUGCCACCAUUUUGAAAACAUUCUAUGAUGAAGAUAUUUUGGAUGAAAAAGUUCUUAUCGAUUGGGCUGAUAAGAAAAAAUCUGCUGUCAAAGAAUUAGGAACGCAAAUCUUUGAAAGAGCACAAAAAUUUAUUGAUUGGCUUAAAAUUGCCGAAGAAGAAGAUGAUGAUGAUGACGAUGAAGAGGAAGAGGACGAAGUGCAAGUUGUUUAUGAUGAACGAAGUCGACCAGAUAAAAUUAUUGAAUUGGAAGAAAAGAAACAAUCGGAAGAGGUGAAAAAAUUAUUAAAUAAAGAUAAAGAUUUAGAUAUUGAUAUUGAUGUGUUUUUUUUUGCAUUUCAUUCAUUCAUCAUGAUUAGUAUGUCUCAAGAGGAAAUCAUUGCCAAUACUAAAACGGUCAUACAAGGCUUGGAAGCAUUAAAAAAUGAAAAUUGUACCAUAUUAUCUGGCCUAUUACAAUCAUUACAAUUGGUUAAGGAAACAUCUAAAGGUAGUGAUGUGAAUACACGUUUGAUGGAAGAAAAGGCAACAAUCAUUAGAAAAAGUAUUGAAUCAAUUGAAUUGGGCCUAAAUGAAGCUCAUGUAAUGAUGGCCCUAGCUGGACAUCUACAAAGUAUCGAAGCGGAAAAACAGAAAUUUCGUGCACAAGUAAGACGUCUCUGUCAAGAGAAUUCGUGGUUACGAGAUGAAUUGGCAAAUACUCAACAAAGAUUACAAGUUUCCGAACAAACGGUGGCCCAAUUAGAGGAAGAAAAACGACAUCUUGAAUAUAUGAAUUCAUUGAAAAAAUAUGAAACUGGUGAAGCUAAUGUUUCCGAAGAAAGUUAUACAUCAAAAAGUAAAACUGAUAACGAAAAAGAUCCAUUAGAUCUUGGAUUUCCCGAUGAUGAUGAUGAUGAUAAUGUUCACCCUGAGGGACUAACAUCGACACCACCUGGAUGCCAGAUGGCUACCGGUGGUAAUCCCGGUUAUGAAAUUCCGGCUCGUUUGCGUACAUUACAUAAUCUGGUUAUACAAUAUGCAUCGCAAGGGCGAUAUGAAGUAGCCGUACCAUUAUGUAAACAAGCAUUGGAAGAUCUGGAAAAAUCCAGUGGUCAUGAUCAUCCGGAUGUGGCCACAAUGUUGAACAUUUUAGCCCUUGUAUAUCGUGAUCAAUAUAAAUACAAAGAAGCAGCCAAUCUAUUGAAUGAUGCAUUGGCUAUUCGUGAGAAAACAUUAGGUGAAAAUCAUCCAGCUGUAGCGGCUACAUUAAAUAAUUUGGCCGUAUUGUACGGAAAACGAUCACGUUAUAAAGAAGCUGAACCAUUGUGUAAACGUGCAUUAGAAAUACGUGAACGUGUUCUUGGAAAAAAUCAUCCAGAUGUUGCAAAGCAAUUGAAUAAUUUAGCCUUACUUUGUCAAAAUCAAGGAAAAUAUGAUGAAGUUGAAAAGUAUUAUAUGCGUGCAUUAGAAAUCUAUGAAAGUGCACUUGGCCCAGAUGAUCCAAAUGUGGCCAAGACAAAAAAUAAUCUUGCAUCCGCUUACCUGAAACAAACUAAAUAUAAAGAAGCUGAAGCCCUUUAUAAAGAGAUAUUAACACGUGUUCAUGAAAGAGAAUUCGGUAAUAUUAAUGAAGAAAAUAAACCUAUUUGGCAAUUGGCUGAAGAACGUGAAGAAAGGAAGAAUGGAACUCCAACUAUUUCCGAUUAUGGUGGAUGGUAUAAAGCGGUUGAUAAAUGUCCAACUGUUGCAACUACAUUGAAAAAUUUGGUGGCAUUAUAUCGUAAGAUAGGAAAAAUGGAUGCAGCCGAAGUUCUUGAAGAUUUGACUGCUGCGCGAAUCAAUAAAGAUAAUCAUGAAGUAUCGAGCAACAGGCAAGGCAAGUUUACUUAUUUAAACAAUAGUGAUUAUAAAGACAAUCAACAACUCAAAGAUAAACGACGAUCAUUUUUUAAGGAUAGUUUCGAACAUGGAUCUCGGGAAUCGUUGGAAAACAACGGAACAAUCGAAAUGAUUACAUCGCCAUCAUCAUCAUCAUCACCCAAAAUGAUAAAUACACAGAACAUCAGUGAAAAUAACAAUCACAGGAAUUCGUUAUCAUCAUCAUCAUCGAUUCGUCGUUUAGUAUUAUCCAGUUCAUUUGGUAAUCUAGUGGAACAUACUAGUGGUGGUAAUAGUAAUUUAUCAAAAAUUGGUUUAAAAUCAAAACUAUUUAGUGCAUUUGGUUUUCCUCCUCCUCCUCCGACAUCACCAAAUUAAUCACAUUAUCAAGUAAUCAUUUAUGAUCAAGUUUUAUUCCUUGAAGAAUUGAUUUAUUUUUAUUUUUUUAUUUCACCUACUAAAUUAUCGUCGACAACGAUUGGCUCAUUCAUUAAGUUCCUUAUUCCAGAAAAAAAACUAUGUUCGAUUCGACUAUUUCUUUUUCACAUUUGAUUUGAAAAAAAAUUGAAAAUUUUCAACAUUCUCCUUUCCCACAUCUAAUUAUAUUUUUUUUCUUUAUAUUCUAUAGACUGUGAUAAAUAUUUUGUAACACAUUUUGAAUGAAACGACGAAAAAAUGAGAAUAAUUUAAAAUUGUAUUAGAAUUAUCGGUACUCAUCAUCAUCCAUUAACACACACACACACUUACACAGCACUAUAUCCAAUUAUUGACAUUCAAACCACACUACCAUUAAUUAUUGAUUAUAUUAAAUAUCAUCAUAAACCAUUUUUA